UACGCUGUUAGAUUAACAGUCAUGGUUCUAUGCCAAUGUGUUAUAACAUUGCGAGUAUGGCAUCUGUUCCCUCGGAGUUGCCUCAUCAGAUGGCUGGCAGUCACUGUUUUCAUCGUUUGCUUGGUAGUAACUGCAAUAUUGGGCGCCGUCGAGUAUAAUGCAAUCAAGGGUGUCACGAACAGCAAUUUAAGCUCGGCACGCCUUACAUUUACAUUCAUCAUCUAUGUGCCAGCCUUGGUUGUCCAUACGACUAUGUUCUUACUUACGCUGUGUCGCUUUCACGUCACCCCCAGAACCUUGCAGCAACACGGGAUGAUCCACCGAUUCGUCAAAGAGGGGAUGUUCUUGUAUUCGUUUGCAGCCGGAUCGCUGCUGUACGAAAUCAUCAGUCUUUCUCUGACUAGUUCAGAGGACAUAGCCCAACAUCUAUCACCCAGAAUAGCAAUGGCAGCUACGGCUGUCUCUAUCUGUCACGCGAUGCUAAGCAUCCGGUCCUUGGCUGCAACUUACCAUGUCGAUCCGGCAUGGUUGCUCAACCAUGCGGAACUCAGUCGUGUCCAAUGGAGGAGGGGACACACUGAAGGAGAAAUCUACGUUGAAGUCAGCGAGCUCGAGAUGGAUGUGGUUCUUCCGUCCAAUACCUAA